AUGAACAUUGCAUUCGUUCAUCCCGAUCUGGGCAUAGGUGGUGCUGAACGUCUCGUUGUGGAUGCUGCCUGUUCUCUGCAGAAAAUUGAGAACCAAGUCAUCAUAUACACAUCGCACUGUGACAAAACUCACUGUUUUGAAGAGAUCAAGAACGAUGAAAUCGAGUCAAUGGUUUUUGGAGAUUUCUUGCCAACCCAAAUUGCUGGCAGAUUUAGCAUACUGUGUGCUAUAAUAAGGCAAGCCUGGUUGAUUCUUCGUUUGGCAUUGUCUGGAAAAAUCAAAGAGCAUGACGUGUUCAUUGUUGACCAGUUAUCAUUUUGUCUUCCCAUAUUGCAUUAUCUAAAGCGAAGUGACGCUAGAAUCCUAUUCUACUGUCAUUUUCCUGAUCUGAAGCUUGCUUCUCGAGACACCACUCUACGAAGUAUAUAUCGGAAACCGUUUGAUUUACUGGAGCAAUAUACAACCAUCUGCGCAGACAGAGUGGUGGUGAACAGCAAUUUUACGAAAGGUAUUUUCAAAGAAACGUUUCCCAUUAUUUCCAAAUAUUACGAGCCCACAGUGCUGUAUCCAUGUGUCGAUACGGAAGCUUCUUCGAUCGACGACACAACUGAAGAGGAGAUGAAAGAGUUUUUUCAUAGUAAUGAACGAUUCUUUCUAUCUGUCAACAGAUUUGAAAGAGCCAAAAACAUUUCACUCGCAAUCAGGGUGUUUGCAAAGCUUAAGAAAGAGAAUCUCCAAUUUUUCAAGGAGAAUCGCCUUAAGCUUAUAGUGGCAGGUGGGUAUGAUUCCAGAGUGAGGGAAAACGUGGAACAUCUAAUUGAACUGGAAGAUUUAGCUAGAUCUCUCGGUUUGAAGGUUAUAUCAAUACGAGGCCGUCUCUUUUCAUAUCCAGCUAGUGACGUUAUUUUCCUGCCCUCGGUAAGUUCCGAUAUAAAGGAUUAUUUAAUUUCCAAAGCUGAAGCCCUACUCUACACCCCAGGGUUUGAACAUUUUGGAAUUGUGCCUUUGGAAGCAAUGAAAUUUGGAACUCCAGUUAUUGCGGUCAAUCACGGUGGCCCCACGGAGACUGUGGUAGAUGACGCCCAACCUGAACCAACUGGCUACCUAAGAUCAAAUGAAGUUGACCCAUGGUACCAGGCUUGCUCUCAGGUAGUCAGAUUAUCUGACGAAGAAAGGCAGAAGCUCUCUGCCAAUUCUAAGAAGCGCGUUGAAACAUAUUUUUCAAGAGAGGCAAUGGGUAAAGCAUUUUCUGACAACAUCGAUCAAAUGUUAACUGAACCUACAAGUGAUAGAUUCAGUUAUGAAAAACUUAUAGACAUCUUCUUCGUAUUGGGACUUGUACUACUCAAUGUCAUACCAAUCGUAGUUGCAGGGUAUACAUUCAAGCGAAUGAGAGGCGAUAAUUAA